UUCGGGGAAGCGAUCGGAACUAUCAGGAGUUUCAAAAACACAGAGGAGGUCGAACUGAGAUUUGCUAGACAGUGUGCAGUUGAAUCAGACUGGACGAAAGAAGUUGCAGAAACGACAGAUUUUCGCAUAGGAACCCUCGAGUCCUUCUUUAGUGCUUUGAAGGAUGCCAGUAAAGUGAAGGGCCUCACAAUCAAGAAUUUGCAGGACCACAUGGACAAAGGGUUAUUCGAGUCCGACCACUUCCUGGCCGUACGGAACAGGUUGUCAAGACUGCAUUUACAAAUCGCAACCGAGUCUGACGAUGCUGCGCCGGAGAACAGCCUUUAUCUGCCGGCCUGUGACCAAGGCUUUACUCACGAUUUGCCAGGCCUCUGGCUCAUACCAUUACAAAAUCAACUUACACAUCUCACUUUGUACGGCGCCGAGUGUCUCUGGGGCGUGUGGCCAUUUGUCGACCUACGCGCGAUCUCGACGUUUCCUCGCCUCGUGUCACUCAGCCUAGGAAAUCUCACAAUCGCGCACGACUGGCAGAUUGAUUGGAUUCUGUCGCAUGCGUCUACCCUCGAGGAACUGCUCUUGGACGACUGUUACAUCGUCACCGCACUGCAAUUGAACGAAGAGCAAGCGGCGGCAAACUUUCCCAGUCUU